CGUGGUCAUCCACGCGAAACAGCCUUGGAUAAAGCAACACGCUGCCCCAACCAUCCGGCCGCAUUCUCACCACUCACCAGACCAGACAUCAAAUACCACGACCAGUUCAACACUCUUCAAGGCCGACUACAACAUCCACCGCUACAACAUAACAACGACGACAUCAAAGCAACACCCCUGCUUCGCAUCGCCCAGACCACCGCCAGCCAAUCACACCAAACCAGUCAUACCCUCUAGGCAUUGACUCACGCCAGGCACACAAAAUUCUGCCUCCACACAUAAACACGAUGCCUUCCGCACACACUCCCUCGCAUCUGCGACUCCAGUCUUCCUUCGACCCCAUUGCCGUUGAAAGCACCCGCUCGCACUUCGUCUCGUCGCCGCCCCAGAAGAAGCAGAAGAUGAGCCUCACCCAGACCUACUACAUCGCCGCCUCCGCCCGGUCAAAGCUAGGCAAAGAAGCCUGCCGGGCGGACCACGACCUCAGGCUCCUCGUGGGCCACGCCAACCUGCUCGACUCCCUCAUGCUCGAACUUGCAGACGCCGAGCGGGAACAAGAGGCCUGGUUCAACCAGACCGUCAAGAAGGCCUCCAAGGCCGACGAGCCCCGACAUGUGCAAUGGGUCGACACCAUUGCCGAAGCUCCAGAAGAGGAGGAGGAGGACUCAGACAGCGACUCUGAGUCGGACUACUACGACGAGGACGGGGAUUUCGACAUGAUGAUCCCAAUGCCCAGGCGGAUAAUCCAGGCACCCGUCCAGGUCACCACCAUUGAGAUGGACGAGGACGAGGACUUUUACGAAGAUUUCGAAGACGACGAGGAGCACGCCCUCACCCGCACCUCCUCGCAAUCACCGCCCGAGCUCGUCCACGAUGAGGACUCCGACGACGAGUCGCCGCCCGUCUCCCCACCCACACUGAGCAUGGAGUUCUCGGAGAAGGAGGCAAUCCUCACAACAUCAUACUACGACCGCAAGCAGACCACGCUGUCGACGCCGGAGCAAGCAUCCUUCAUCCAGGAUGGCUUCUUCAUACCCGAACGAAACAACGCCCCGCUCAUAGCCUCGUGUUAGCCGCAACACCACACUUCUUUGGCCUACGACUUUCAGCGAUUUGAGCGAGUGAUUGAUUUCUAGCAUGGCGUCUCGGGAAAAAUAUCACCGAAUUUCAUUUAUAUUGGGUUUCUACGAUCAGGGAAUUGGAUUCCGCGGCGCACAGGAGUUGCCGCGACGGACCAUCCCACCUCACUACUCUGCUGGACUGGAGCAUUUCUUUGGCAGGACUCGGAAAGAUAUGGAAGCAGCAUGUGAAGAUGUCGAACGGAUCAGCGGACACGGCUUGGCGAGAUCUCUCUCAGCUGACAGCACGAGGUCGAGACUCGCAGCCGGGAUACAUAGCAAUUGAAAUGAUCACAUCACACAAACAAGACCUCCUUACUCUGCCUUGUGAUUUGCUCGACUGACCAACUGAUCC